UGUUGUGAUAAACUUAUUAAAUAGUACAAAUUAGUGUUGAAAUUUUCCUUGAUUAUGAUAUGCUAAAUUGACGUAGAAGCGCAAUUCAAAUGGACCAAUCAGAGCUUGUUUCUGACUGCCAAGAGAAAUUCAAAGUGGUUUUGGAACUGAUCGAGGGUUCCAAAAACGACCCAGAGGAAGAGCCAUACAAGUCACGAUAUGCGGCCAAUGAGAUCCUCAACGAGCUUAAGAUCAAACUGUCCAGUGCAGUUAAAGGAAAUAAUGGAAAGGAGUCGCAUCUGCAACCAAGUGGAGAUUGUGAUGUUGUUUCGGAUGGAGUCCCAACUAAAGAGGAAGAGAAAGUGCAUGUUGCGUUGGCCCUAGUGCAGUAUUACUUGAGUUUGAAUUACUUGGAGACAGAGGAAUUCAGCCAAGCUUUAGCUACAGUCGAAGCAUCUCUUUCUACUCUUAGCCCAACAAAUGAUCCUGAACUGACGGUGUCACUUCAAAUCUCGUGCCUCAAUCAAAAAGCUGUUCUGAAGUCUCGAAACGACGAAGAAUCCUAUUAUGAGGAAGCUCUUAGUUGCCUUACAGAUGCUUGUAUGUUGUACAGAAAUUGGAGCUCUGAAAACUCAUCAGAAAGUCCGCCAUUCACUUUUGAACACAUUUUGAAACCUGAUCAAAUCGACAGCGAAAGUAAAAAUCACGUCGAAAAAUUGUGCAAUACUUUUGAAACUUUGCACACGACGACUUUGUAUUUAUUAGCCCAAGUUUGGAGAAAUCUGGGCAAGAAAUUACAUUCAACUCUUGCUUGUUAUGUGACCUUGAAAAGGUUAUCGGAGUCUAGUCGAAGAGGUGAAAAGGUCGACUGGGUUGAUUGGGCACUUAAUUCGGCGACGUUGUCUCAAUGCUUCGUCACAGAUGAAAUGUUCAGCGAGGGAAGACUUUGUUUGAAUUCGGCUUACUGUGCGUUAGAAAAACUGAACAUCAAGCUGGAAGGUGUGACGGAGAGCGAGGAGGAUGAUAAGGUUGAUCCUGAUGAAGAGAUCUUGAGAGAGAAAGUGGAGCAUUGCAAGGCUGAUGUAGACAGAUGCUGUGUGAAGUAUGCGAUUAAUUUGCUGAAUGCGUCGGCUACUUUUGCUACUAUACCCGAACAGGAAAUGAGGAACAGAUACAAGGAUUCCAUUACUGCGCUGGAGGAGCUCACAAUUUGCUCGUUUGACAUCAACAAACCUCUCAUCAGACUAAUGGAGGACUGUUUUUCUGAAGUGAGAGUCAACUUCGAAGUCACUUCAGAUCAAGUGAACAAUUUCGAGGAGGCGCGACAAUUGUUUCUGUUCGGCCAGUCCAAAUGCAACCAGGCCAAGUUGUUCUUCACAGAAGAGCAGUAUUGCAGGGAUUACAUUGACUUGUGCAGAGAUCACAGCCAGUUGUUCAAGAGUCUUGCAUUGUAUGAACCGGAUCUACAGCGAAGGAUAUCAAUGAAUAAAAAACGGACUGAUUUACUGGCAGCAUCUCUGGACAAUUUGAACCCCACUCACUAUCUUCAAGUGUGUAGACAACUGCAGUACGAAUUAGGAGAGACUUUUUCAGACACCGCUGACCUGCAGAAAGAAUUCUUCAAAGAACAGAAGGACGUCUCAGUAGGUAGUGCCAAGAAAAUAAACAGCAGUAUAAGCAAGUCUAUGAAAUAUUUCCGAGAAUUUCUGAAGACAUUCGAAGACAUUAACGGAAAGCAGCCGGAACAGUUUCCGGAAAUGUAUGUGAGACCAGCGUUGAUGGCCAACUUUUAUCUAGCAAGAUUGCUUAGUAAAGUGAUCACUUCGCCCACUAUCAAAGCAGAAAACAUUGAGAAGUCUGGAAGGUAUUACCAGUUUAUAAGUGACUAUUGUGACAAGUACGAGAGUGCGCGUGAACAAAUGAAGGCGGAGUAUCCGAUUUGUAAGGAGAUGUCAAUGCUGACCCCGGCUAAGAAGCAAGCGUCGCUCGCUGGGGCUCAGUUUUAAUUGGACCUCAUUUACUUAUACAGCUUCUGAGAAUAUGGUGUGUUGGACUAAAAAGCCGAUUUCGAAUGGUUCCUGUUUUAAUGGUGCUUUGUUCUAGUAGUCCUUUGAAUACUGAAUACUGGAGAGUGGUGCAACUAGCAACGAGGUCUAACAAAAUAUGACUUUAAAAAAAUUUGAGACCUCGUUUUUUUUUCAAUGAGAUGAGAACGAAAACAAUUUUUGACAAACAGAAUGCUAAUGAAAGCCAAAAAACAACGCCAAUUUGGGCCUCUAAUCAAAGAAAGAUAGAUGCAACAAAAGAAAAAAGUUGCCAAACACCAACGAAUACCAGAAUUGGUGUAUAAACUACCAGAUGAUGAUGAUAUGUAAAUAAGUAAUUCUUGUAGCUAUAUAUUUUCUGUAGAAUAUGUUUUGUAAAUUCAAUUUUGAUGAAUAG